UAUCACGCCCGACGCCUCCAUGCCUCUAGUCCUCCAAAGGGAAUCUCUCGCUCCAGCUCCACGGGCUACGGUACGGCCCACCGACCCAGAGCCGGACAGCCAGGACUCCAGGAAGAGGCCGGACCACCGGAGGCGGGCGACUAGCAUAAGUAACCGCGGGGUUUCCGCGCCGUCUCCCACCUAAUCCCCUAUCGUCACCCAACCGGGACCCGUAACACCCAACAGUCCCUCAUCACCGCCCACAGGGAGGACCUCGAGACGCAGAAUACAGGAGCGAGCGAGCGAGCGCGACGAAGCAGAAAAGUAUGGCAGCCGCCGCUGCCACGGCGACGACGACGGUGGUGCCGAGAUGCAGCAAGCGCGAGGGCGACAUUGCGGGCGCCGGCACGUCGCCGAACAAGGGGAAGAUAGGGAGGUCGUCGCCGCCGGCGGAGGAGGUGGAGGCGUUCCUCGCCGCAGCGGAGAGCGGCAUGGCGCGGCGCUUCGCAGCCAAGUACAACUAUGACGUCGUGAAGGACGCUCCCAUGGACGGUCGGUACGAGUGGGUCCGGGUGGGGCCAUGACACGAUCACGCAACGGCCAGUCAACUUGUCAGAUCCAAGAGGUCGCCUCUCGUGUCCUCUGUUCUGUCUUUAUUUCUCUUGUAAAAGUUGCUUACUACUGUGUAACGUAACGCUUCCCUUAGCUGUAAUUAUGCUCACGAGAUGGCUAAUCAAUCAUGUGAAGGCUCAACCUUGUACGUACGUCAGUGGACGUUGUUUCGCUUGUAACUAGUGUGUGUGUGUGUGUGGUUAACAUGUCCUUCUGUGUAGUCCAAAAAAGUUGUAACUUGUCGCUGUGUGUUCAAUUUGUCGGUUCUCCAUUUCAUAUAUCAAUGAAAAAGAAUACAAGGCAUUCACAGGCUCA